GACUCACUAGAAAUCGUGACUGGAAAUCCAAAAUACGAAUCUAAACUACUAGGAACAUCGGAUCCUCAUCCUCCCUUCGCACGACCAAAAGGGGAAAUAGCAAGCGAAGAAUAUGGCGUUGAUCAAGAUCGAAAUCAUCUCAGAUGCAAUCUGUCCCUGGUGUUACAUUGGGUAUCGAAACCUGCAAAAAGCUAUCUCCUUAUACAAAAAGACAUACCCCGGUGGCUCGAAUGACACCAUAGAAGUAUGGUGGAAACCAUACUUCAUUGAUCAAGAACCGCCAAAGGAAAGCAUCUUAAUACAGGACCGUAUGCUCCGCCGCAUGGACCCCAAAAUGGUAGCAGCGGCCCAAACCCGCUUGAAGCGCGUAGGUGUGGAUGCCGGGAUCCGCUUCAGGUUCGGUGGGUAUAUCGGGUCCUCUCGACUAGCGCAUCAGCUGCUGUAUAUGGCCGCCCGGGAGGGCAGUGAGCUGCAGUGUCGGGUUUCAGAGUUGCUCUUCCACUACCAGUUUGAGGAGGAGGCCGAUAUUAGCCAAUUAGAUACCGUGAUUGCUGUUGGUGUACAGGCUGGAUUGCGUGAACAUGAUGAUAUUCGAGAGUGGAUAGCUAGUGGUGCCGGGAUAGCCGAAAUGGAAGUUGAAGCGAAGAAGGCAAGGUCUGAUGGAGUCACCGGCGUGCCCCAUUUUGUUAUUGGGGGGAAGCAUCUUAUGGAGGGUGCUGUGGAUAUGUCAGAACUGUUUGAGGCUUUUGUUGCUGUUAGAGAAGGGCAGUCGAGCUUUCGGAAUUGAUACGGCGUUGCGAGCGAUUGACAUACCAAUGUUGGGGGUUCACUAUCCCAGCCUCAAGCCGUUCCCUCCCAAGUGGUGCACGUAGAAGCCAUGUUUGAUGCAUUGAAUGUGCGUACAAAUCCGGAUAGAAUAGAAAGGUGUCUAAUCGAGGCCUGAUUAAGAUCCUCUAUGAACUUAUUACAUAGUAUUGAACUGUACGAAACACUGAUAUCGACUGCAAGCUACUAGAA